AUGGAGCCCAUCGCUGUUAUUGGCCUUGAUCUCAAGUUCCCCGGCGAUGCUACAGACGCCGAUGGGUUUUGGGAUAUGCUGGUUACUGGCCGCUCAGCAUGCACAAACAUUCCAGACGAUCGUUUCAAAGUCUCGUCGUUCUAUCACCCGGACCCAGAGCGCUCGGGUUCACUCAAUGUUACUAAGGCGCAUUUUCUGAAGGGAGAAAUCGCAGCCUUUGAUGCCCCGUUCUUCUCCAUCACACCUGCUGAGGCUGGUGGCAUGGAUCCUCAGCAGCGUGGUCUGCUCGAGAAUACCUAUCGUGCUCUAGAGAACGCGGGAUGUCCAAUGAACAAAGUUCUCGGAACAAACACUGGUGUUUUUAUCGGCUGCUUUACUCGUGAAUAUGAAGCUAUCAUGUUCAAGGAGACCGAGAUACAGCAGCGUUACUUUGCUACCGGCACUGGAACAACCAUGCUUGCCAACCGACUGAGCUAUUUCUAUGACCUUCAUGGGCCUAGCAUAAGUCUUGACACAGCGUGCUCCAGUAGUCUCAACGCCUGCCACCUAGCCUGUAAUAGCCUGCGGUUGGGCGAGUGUGACAUGGCACUGGCGGCUGGCUGCAACCUGUUCUACAAUCCUGAUACCAUCAUCCCACUCACAGCUCUUGGCUUCCUAUCUCCCGAUGGAAGAUGCUAUAGCUUUGAUGAACGGGCUAACGGAUACUCACGUGGCGAAGGGUUUGGUAUGGUUGUGCUGAAGAGGUUGAGCGAUGCUAUACGGGAUCGUGACUGUAUCCGUGCCAUCGUUCGAGGCUCCUCAAGCAACCAGGACGGCAACUCACCUGGUAUCACACAACCUACUCGAAAGGCUCAAGUUGACUUGAUCAACGCCGCUUAUAAAUCAGCUGGUCUAUCCAAGACUCAGACACGCUUCUUUGAGGCUCACGGUACAGGUACUCCUGUGGGUGACCCCAUUGAAGCAAGUGCUAUCAGCGGCGCUUUCUCAGAGUAUCGCUCUGAGCAAGAGCCAAUGGUUGUCGGGGCAGUCAAGACAAAUAUCGGGCACCUUGAAGGCUCGGCCGGUAUUGCAGGUCUCAUUAAGGCUAUAAUGGUUCUUGAGAAAGGCAUAAUUCCUCCCAACAUGGGCUUCCAGACACCCAACCCCAAGAUCCCUGUCCAUGAUUGGCACCUGAAGUUCCCUACCAAGGCUGAGCCCUGGCCUACCAAAGGACUCAGACGAGCGUCAAUCAAUGCCUUUGGGUAUGGUGGAAGCAAUGCCCACAUCAUUAUCGAUGAUGCCUUUCACUAUCUGCUCAAGCAUGGCUUGAAAGGUAAACACCAAACCGUCGAGCUUCCGCCAGUUGAGGGGUUCAAGUCUAUCACCAACGGCACGAAUGGAACACAUGACCAUUCUAACGGUGUCAAUGGCCAUACCAACGGCCAUCAGUCUACUUCUAGUUCGAGUGACGAUGAGUAUAUCUUGGUCAAGCGUUUCAAAGGACAUGCACCCCCCAGUCGCUCAUUCCUCUUUUCCACCUUUGAUGAAGCUGGAGCAGGCCGAAUGGCGCAAGCAUACAAGGACUUUCUUGAUUUCACCAGCAAAUCCAUAGUUGCUGGGUCUGAGGAGGAACAGCGCUUUUUGAAUGACCUUUCCUACACCCUCAUCAACCACCGCACAUCCUUCCCUUGGCGUUUCUCCCUUGUCGCCGACAGCAUCGCGGCUCUGUCUGCCAAGUUGGACGGCAACCCCUCACCUGUCAGAGCCACUGCUGACCCUAAGCUUGGAUUUGUCUUUACAGGACAAGGUGCGCAGUGGUAUGCAAUGGGUAGAGAAUUGAUCUCUGCUUAUCCUAUAUUCAGUACAUCUAUCUUUGCUGCAGACUCGUAUCUACGAGAACUCGGAUGCCCUUGGUCACUUGUCGGUGAAUUGCUUCAAAAUCAAGACAAGUCACGCAUCGACGAUCCAGCAUUGAGUCAACCACUCUGUACAGCUUUGCAGGUGGCUCUUGUUGAUCUCCUCACCAGCUGGGGCAUCAAGCCUGCUGCCGUGGUCGGGCAUUCGUCGGGCGAGAUCGGGGCUGCCUAUGCUACAGGUGCUAUCUCCCAGGAGUCGGCAUGGAGACUAGCCUUCUAUCGCGGUGCCCUUUCCUCUCGGCUAGCCAAGUCUCCCGACCAUACUAACGGUGCCAUGCUUUCAGUGGCCAUGGGUUCAUCAGAUGCCAUGACAUAUCUUGAGGGGCAUGUUGGCAGCGCCGCCGGUAGAGAUAUUGUUGUAGCCUGUAUAAACAGCCCGAGGAAUGUGACUCUUAGCGGCAGUGCAGUAUACAUCGACAAGAUCAAAGCUGCUGCAGACUUGGAUGGCAUCUUUGCCCGGAAGCUCAAGGUUGACAACGGUUAUCAUUCCCCUCUGAUGGCCACUAUUGCCGACGAAUACAGGAGUGCAAUCGGUGACCUCGAGGCUGGAAACAAUACAUCCCCGGGCCAGGUUGCUCCUGUCUUUUACUCGUCCCUCGAAGGAACAAUCAUUCCUGUUUCUGCUCUCCGAAACCCCGAUCAUUGGGUUGACAACCUAGUUUCGCCGGUCCAAUUCUCGAAAGCCUUCUCGCUUAUGUGCUCCAAUACCAAGUCCAACGCUCCAGUCAAGAAGCUUGGAUCUUCGGCUAAAGCAACAGUCAAUACCCCCAAGAUCACUCAAGUACUUGAGAUUGGUCCUCACGCGGCCUUACGUGGUCCCAUUCGUGAGAUCAUGGAGCUGACACCGGAGGUGAAUGGUGUUGGGUACGAGUCAGUGCUUCGUCGUGGUGCUUCUGCCGUUGACACGGCUCUGGGAGCCGCCAACUGGCUUUGGUGCCGUGGAUACGAAGUGGACAUGUCUGAUGCCAGUAUCGCAAAGGACAGCUCCCUCGUCGUCAACGCACCGGGAUACCCUUUCAACCAUUCCAACAUCUAUUGGAACGAGAGCCGUAUCAGUAAAGGAUAUCGCUUCCGUCCUGCUAUGCGACAUGAACUAUUUGGUGCCCCAGUGCCAGAUUGGGACCCAGCCAAUGCUGUUUGGCGGAACUACAUGCGUCUUUCUGAGAACCCUUGGGUGAAGCACCAUCGAAUUACCGGUGCCACCAUCUAUCCUGCCGCAGGAAUGCUUGUCAUGGCCAUAGAGGCUAGCCGACAAAUGGCGGACACGUCUCGUGUAGUCAAGGGCUUCCGUAUUCUCGACGCUCGCUUUAACGUUGCUCUUCGCGUUCCAGCGACGCAGAAUGGCCUCGAGACGCACUUUUAUAUGCAGCCCUCGAGAGAUCAUCCUGAUACUGUGGCGAGGACUGUACGCAAGUUCUCCCUUAGCAGUUAUGAAGGAGGUGAGUGGCGCGAACAUUGCCAUGGCCUGGUCGUCACCGAGUACGAACAACCUUAUACUGUUGUCGACGAUGGAAGAGAAGACUUCGAGUUCCAAGAAGCAUGUAAGAACAGACUGGGGAGCAUGGAGAAGGCCUCGAAAGUUGAGACUUCAUUCCGACAGCUCUAUGAGCAUCUGUCGACCGUUGGUCUUGACUUUGGCGCUACAUUCCAGACCCUCCGUGAUAUUCGCUGCGGUGAUAUUGGAGAGGCGGUGGCGACAGUGGAGAGACAAGAUCUUGAGGGCUUGAUGCCUCUUGGGUACCUUCAGGACCACCUGAUCCAUCCCACUGUACUCGAUGGUAUCCUCCAGAGUAUCAUUGUCAGUUUGACUAAAGGUGGUCGCGAGAUUGACCAAGUCAUGGUUCCCUCCGAGAUUGGUGACCUUUGGGUCUCUGCUGAUCCCUCAACAUCCAAAUUCGAUGCUGUCCGAGUCUCGUGCUCAGGCAAGUUCCUUGGCAUCAGACAGGCCCAGGCGUCCAUCGUUGGUAUGGAUGUUGAUACUGGCAAGGCCGUUUGUACCGUGGACAAUUUUGUCAUCACUACCGUGGCACGAAGCGAAGGCGCUUCCUCAUCUGACGCUGCAAGAAGACUCUGCUUCAACCUUGAUUACAAGGUAGAUCCAGCUCUUCUGGACCAAGAGACGGCGGACAAGACACUACAGCCUGAUGCCAAAUGUGGCGCUACAGGUCAACAGGCACAGUUGAUCCAGGAGGUAGAGAUGAUGUGUUUCUUGUACAUCAAGCGCUUCUGGGACAGAAUCUAUGAUGAGAGCCGCGACGCCAAGUCAGUUCCCUAUCACAAGAAGUAUAUCGCCUGGAUUAAACACCAACUAGACAAGUAUGACGCUGGCCUUAUCCCACAUGCUUUGCCUGAAUGGCGCGAACGAGCAGACGACGAUGAGUACAUCAGCCAAAUGGAGACCAAGCUCCUCACAGAGGGUUCAGCUGAAGGAAAGCUGGUCGUCAAUGUGGGGCGAGAGCUCCCUAAUAUUCUUGCGGGCCAAUCUGACGCACUGGAACUACUUUUCAAGGACAAGCUGGUGGAGAACGUUUACCGUUCUGGAGUCGGGGCUGAAAUUGGGUAUGACCGCAUGGUGGCGUAUAUCGAUGCUCUGGCCCAUAAAAACCCAGCUCUUCGUGUUCUCGAGGUUGGUGCCGGGACUGGUGGUGCUACAAGACCCAUCCUCCAGUGUCUCACGACACAAGGUAAUGGCGAGAAGGGCACGCCGCGGUUCAGCCACUAUGCGUUUACAGAUAUCUCGAUUGGCUUCUUUGAGAACGCUCGAGAAAUGUUCAAGGAUAGUGCUGCGCGCAUGAGCUUCCGCGCGCUCAACAUCGAGGACGGUUUGGAGCAACAAGGAUUCUCGGGCCCAGGUGAACAGUACGAUGUCAUCUGCGCUGCCAAUGUCAUUCACGCUACCAAGAAUCUUGAAGCGACAUUAUCCAACGUCAGGAAGCUGCUCAAGCCCGGAGGCAAGCUCAUUUUGUAUGAGAUGACGAACACUGGUAUGAUACGAACCGGCUUUGCGUUUGGAUUAUUGCCAGGUUGGUGGUUAUCUGUCGAAGAGUUCCGUCAAUUCACUCCACUGGCUGCUCCAAAUGACUGGUCAAGAUCGCUCAAGGCCAGUGGAUUCAGUGGUAUCGAUCUGCAUAUCUACGACUUUCCUGACCAUAGGCAUCAGAUGGUCAGCGUCCUCAUCUGCACAGCUCUUGGUGAUGGAGGUGAAGAGAAUACCCCAGCCACUUCCUACGCCUCGUCACCUAUUAAGAUCAUCACUUGCGGUACAGGUUCCAAUUCAGCCACCCAAGAGAGGCUUGCUACGGUUAUUGAGAAGCAAGCGGCGAGCCUCAGCACUGGUAUCAAUAUUAUUAACCUGCAAGACGCUGUGGCGGAUCUCAAGGAGCUGCAACAAACCCGUUGUAUCUUUCUUGGGGACAUUGAGUCCGACUUUCUGGAACACGUUCAUGAUGAGGACUAUGAAGCAUUCCAGAAGCUGGUCAGUUCCACUAAGACAUUACUUUGGGUUAACCAGGGAGGUGGCCCGUCACCCAAGAACCCCGGUGCUGACAUGGUGACGGGAUUCGCUCGCUGCAUGCGCGCUGAAAACCCGGGACUAAACCUUGCCACUUUAUCUGUCGAUGAAUUGGAUUCCUGGGACAAGGCCGCCUCCAUAAUCUUGAGGAUCUUGAGUUCAGGCGGUGGGAACGAAAACACCUUCUUCGAGAAGGAUGGCGCUGUUUACAUUCCGCGCAUCACUGAGGCCAAUACAGUCAAUCAUCUCAUCGCCUCUAAAACCAAGGGUGAGCCAGCCAGGUCAGAUACAUGGCAGGAGGCUAGCAAUGACAGGGCUUUGACGCUGCAGUGCGCUGUGCCUGGUCUUCUCGAUAGUCUUCAGUUCCAAGACGACGAGCUGUACGAGAAGCCGCUCGGACCUUAUGAUGUUGAGGUCCGCGUUCACGCUACAGGUCUCAAUCUUCUUGAUGUCAUGAUAGCUCUUGGCCAGGUCAUUGGCGAAGCAUUUGGACAAGAGUGCGCCGGUGUCGUGACUCGUGUAGGAACAGAUGUUGAGCGCGUCUCUGUGGGCGAUCGUGUCUGCGGUCUGCUUAGGGGAACUUUCAAGACAUUCGCACGAGGCUCUCAAUGGCAGUUCGCCAAGAUUCCCUCAACUAUCGACUAUGCCGUUGCCGCGGCAGUACCAGUUGUCUACACGACCGCAUACUACGGACUUCAUGACCUUGCGCGCCUCCAAGCGGGAGAGAGCAUCCUGAUCCACUGGGGCGCUGGUGGUGUCGGGCAGGCUGCUAUUCAACUCGCCAAAGCAGUUGGAGCUGAAGUGUUUGUCACUGUGGGCUCUAUCGAGAAGCGAGACUUUGUGCAUGAGCACUAUGGUGUGCCUCUGUCCCAUGUGCUGUCAAGUCGUGACUUGAGCUUUGUACACGGCAUCAAGAGAUUGACUGAUGGACGUGGCGUCGAUGUUAUCCUCAAUUCUACAGCCGGACAGACCCUGCGUGCGAGCUGGGACUGUAUCGCACCAUACGGGCGAUUUAUCGAAAUUGGUAAGGUUGAUAUCUUUGCCAACGCCGGUCUCCCAAUGGGACCGUUCAAGAAGAGCGUUACCUUUUCCUUCUUCGACAUUGGUCUCAUUUCACUUGAAAGAGGUCAAUUGUUCUCUCGAGUCCUUCAAGAUGUGGUUGACCUGCUUGCGAAAGGAUCCAUCACCCCACCCCAGCCACUGCAUGUUUAUAGUUACUCGGACAUUCAAGAGGCGUUCAGAAUCAUGCAAUCAGGGUCUCACAUGGGCAAGCUUGUCUUGAAAGCUCAACCUGAUGAUCUUGUCAUGGUCGAACCCAGUCGAAAGCCGACAUAUUACUUUGAUCCUGAAGCAUCAUAUCUUCUUUCUGGAGGUCUCGGCGGCCUUGGACGUAGUGCUGCACGUUGGAUGGCAUCUCGUGGUGCCAAGAACCUCAUCCUUCUCUCCCGAUCUGGAACAACUCGACCAGCAGCUCAAGAACUCAUGGAAGAGCUCGCUGCGGCUGGUGUUACAGCGUCGGCACCUCAAUGCGACGUGUCUGACCGUGCCACUCUUGAAAGAGUUCUCAGUGAUUGCGCCAAGACGAUGCCACCUAUCAAGGGCUGCAUCCAAGGCUCCAUGGUACUCAAGGAUAGCAUAUUCUCCAAUAUGUCUCAGGAAGACUACUAUACUGCCGUGCGCCCCAAGGUUGUCGCAUCACGAAACUUGCACGAGCUUCUUCCCCAGGACCUGGAUUUCUUCAUCCUCUUGUCGUCCGCCUCAGGCGUAGUAGGCAACCGAGGCCAGUCCAACUACUGUGUUGGCAACACGUACCAAGAUUCCUUAGCCCGUCACCGCGUUGCUUUGGGGCUGCCAGGUGUGGCUGUCGACCUGGGAAUGAUCCUUUCUGUUGGAUUCGCUGCCGAGAACCAAGAGAGCAUGGCUAAUCUUCGUCAAGAAGGUUUCAAUGCCAUGCGAGAAGACGAGUUCCUUGCCCUUCUCGACAUGUUAUGUGACCCGAAUGGAAAGUACUCUUCCAAUGCCAACAAAGAGUUGCAGGCUUCCUCAUUUUCACAAAUUGCAGUUGGUCUUGAGGCGCCAGCUACUCUCCGCAUCAAGGGUAUUCCAGAGCCAGCUUGGAUGAGUGAUCCUCUUUUCAAACAUUUAUACCAGAUCCGAGGCGAAGGUGAUCAUGAAGGUGAAGGCGAUGGUGAAGGUUCAGCCACGUCAUGUUCCACGCUACUCCCAGCGGCGGCAUCGCUAGCUGACGCAUCUAAGAUUGUCAGCGCAGCUAUCGUUCAGAAGCUUUGCAAAGCACUGUCUUCAAGCGAACGAGACAUUGAUGUAUCAAAGCCUCUGCACAGUUAUGGAGUUGAUUCACUGGUUGCAGUUGAGUUGCGCGCCUGGUUCAUGAAGGAGGUUGGCUCCGAUAUUGCGGUUUUCGAUAUUAUGAGUGGGCAGAGUUUGGAAGAGUUGGCUGAACUGGCUGCAAAGCGGAGUUCAUUUGCCAAUUUUGAUGAUGACAAAGAGGCUGACUAA